GCCUCAUCUGAAUUCUCAUUUUCUCUUAAGUGUAUGUAUAUAAAUUACAAAAUAUAUUCGUCUUUUGUUCCAAUCAUUAUCUCAAAAUUCCCAAAAACCCUAUUUAGAGAAAAUAAAAUGGAAGAAGCUAGGAGUUAGGAACAAGUUCAAAAAAAAAAACCCCAUUUGUCUCUCUUCCUCAUCUUCUUCUCCUUCUUCUUCGUCUUGUAUCUGUAAAUAUAUUAUAGAGAUAGAGAACAAAAGAUUUGGGCAUUGGCAAUGGAUUACGAGAGGAUAGAGAAGAAGAGCAUCAUCUCACCAACGAAGCUGCGAAUGAAGCUAAUGGGUCCUCACAAUAACAAGAAGAAAGAAGGAUCCAAGUCUAACAGUAACUCUUCAAGAACAUCUCCUUCUCGUCUUCAGAUUUCAGAUGAUACUGAGUUCUCCAAGAACAGCUUGUUAGCUUCUCAAUCUUAUUCAGACGACGACGACCAUAAUGUGGCAGCUACAACUACGGAUGUUGAAGUAGCUAAACUUCCAAAUGAGCCAGUUUUGGACCUGACCCAGAGCGAUAACCAAGCGUCGAGACAUUGUUCUGAUGAUGUUAUGAGGGAAAUCGAUCAACCGAGACCGCAACAUUUUAGAAAAGGGGACUUGAGUAUGGCACCUCACUUGAUGAGACCUCAAGAAGAUGAAAACCUUGAUUAUGACAGUAACGCUAGCUCUUCAAGCUUCGAGUUUCACCGAGCUCGUGGCGAGCGUUCGAAUCAGAAUCAUGGCUCAAGAGCUUACCCAUCAAGACAAAUGCCAUCCAAAUGGAAUGAUGCUGAGAAGUGGAUAAUGAGCAGACAGAACAUGGUGAUGAGGAAGAAUGUUCAAGGGAACCGUAUGCCUGUGAGAGUUGUGCCUGACAAUGCAGGUUAUGAGCAUAACAAAUCUAGGAUGGAUUCGUGCCAAUCCACACAAAUUGAUGGGUUCGAGAAGUUUCCUAACUUUGUUCCCUCGGUGCCACAUCCAAUUCUAACUCAAGAGUAUGGUGGAAACUCGUUGAUCGAUCAAGCUACACAAAGCAAUGAUCUUGUGGAUACAACAAAAGUUUCAUCACAUGACAACACAACAUGUAAAGAAGGUGGUCCUGCAAUUCGUUCUGUAUGUAUGAGAGAUAUGGGAACCGAUAUGACGCCAAUACCGAGUCAAGAACCUUCAAGAUCUGUCACACCAGUUGACGCAACAACUCCUCUACGCAGCCCGACUUCAUCUCUCCCUUCUACUCCUAGAGGUGGCCACCAACAGGAAUCUUCUUUGUCGCAAGACCAGUCGAAAAACACAAGAAGAGAACUAUCUGAGGAGGAAGAGAAAGCAAAGACGAGGAGAGAGAUAGUAGCUCUCGGAGUUCAGCUAGGGAAGAUGAACAUCGCGGCUUGGGCAAGUAAAGAAGAAGAGGAGAAGAAUAAGAGAAAUGGAGAUGCAGAGGAGACACAGAAGAUUGAGUUUGAAAAGCGAGCGACUGCGUGGGAAGAAGCAGAGAAAUGUAAACAUAAUGCAAGGUAUAAGCGAGAAGAGAUCAGAAUCCAAGCUUGGGAAAGUCAAGAGAGAGCAAAACUCGAAGCAGAAAUGCGACGAAUUGAGGCUAAAGUUGAGCAGAUGAAAGCUGAAGCUGAAGCAAAGAUAGUGAAGAAAAUUGCAAUGGCUAAGCAAAGAUCCGAAGAGAAACGGGCUUUAGCGGAAGCUCGAAAAGUCCGUGAUGCUGAAAAGGCAGUGGCUGAAGCCCAAUAUAUCCGGGAAACCGGUCGAAUACCGGCUUCCGGUUAUAAGAUAUGUUGUGGUUGGUUCUCAUGAGGCACACUUAUGGUCUGAGUUAAACAGAAUUAGACUCUCAGAUCCCCUUUGUGUAAUAUAUAAAUGGAAUGCAUUUUUAUGUUGCAUAGAUUCAAAAGAGAUUUAAAAAAGAAAAGGAUUCAAUAGAAAUUUCCAAA